AUGGCCUUCGGGGAGAGUGGCGACGUGCAGCUGUUGGAGAUCUCCGGGCGAGCUCGCAGGCUGAGCUACGUGGUCAGCUCAUGGUUCAAGGUGGCCAACCUCGAUGGCGGAUCGAAGAACGCCGGCCGUGGUCUUCCGAAGACGAAGGAGAAGGCAGGGUUUUUGGGCAAGGGAGAACUCGUGGAGGGAGGAGGGUUGCAGGGGUCGAGAAGAUUGGCAGUGCCGGAGGAAGAGAAGCUCUGCGGCAGUCGUUCGUGGAGGAGCUGCGGGGCGGAGCUGAAAGAAGUGAUCAGAGACAGCCUCUACGGCCGCAGCCUGCUGCUGAACUCUUCCGACGAUGAGAAGGCGUCGUCUAGCCGAUCAUUAGGUUUCCAUCCGAGAAGUGGAUCGAAUGCCUCCCGUCACGAGGAAGAGGUCAACACAAGGAAUCCAAUCACAGCCUCGGGUCAACCCAUGAAGAUGAAAGCUCCAAGCUUGAUCGCGAGGCUUAUGGGAUUGGAACAAGUCCCUGCCGAAUCCAUCAAAAGAAAACAACAGGUUCGAGCGCCCGAGGCGACAAGGUCGAUGCUGCAAAAGAUCGAACGCAGCAGAAGAUUCGAUACGAAUGACGAAGCCACAUCGUCGAGGAGAGGAGCGAAGCAGGAGGAGCUCGGUUCCUGUAAGACUUCAGGAAGACAAGUGGCACACGAAUCAGAAAGGAAGGAAGUUGAGAUCUCGAAGAGUGGAAUGGCAGCAGGUUCUUCCGCGUGUGAUGGACGACAAAAGUCGGGUUCGGAUCGAAAGCAAGCACAGAGCAGAAGAGAUGUGAAGACUGCAGCAGCUCCGGUGGUUCACGCCAAGAAGACGAGAACAGCAUCAACCGAGGCCCGAAAGCAGAGCAUCGCUUUCGGCAGAGGGAGACCACAGCAACCGGUGUCGAGGAGCUCCACCAUUACUGCGUCAACGGAGAAGAAGGUUACUGGAUCAAAACCAGCUCAAAAGACUGCCAAAUUCAAGACUACAGAGCGGAAAGACGGUGAUGGAAUCAUCGAUCCUUCCCGCAAGGCAGAGGAUGCAUCAGCGAUCAACAUUAUUAUGCCUGCGGCUCAACCUCCUAAACAGAGAAGGCUGCACGCAAGAGCAGCCAUCAAUGAGAAGAUCAUGUGCGAGAUCAUGCCGAAGCCCAGCACAAGUCCUGGCAAAGCAAAAGCAGCAGUUGCGAAGCUUGUUGGCAGCGAGGCCAGAAACACCGCUAAAAGAGAAGAUAAAGAGGGAUACCUGGAAGCCUUACUUCUCUCACUCCUGUCGCAUGCGCAUGAGAUGAGCCUCGCUGAGCUGAAGCAGGUUGACGAAGAUGCCAAGCUGUAUUGGGAUUGCGCAGAGGAGUCGGUAGCGCGUAAAAGGAGUCAUCGAGAUCUCUGCGCCCACCCUCUGCUGCCGGCCUGCUCGAGGAGCUCGUCAGCGGACGACGCGGCCAUGGAUAAGCUGGUGGGGGAGAUGAGCAGGGGAAUGAGAAGGCUCGCCAGUUACGGUAAGGCGGACGAGAAGGUGGCUUCCACGGACGGGCUUUACGUGAGACUGGAGAGGGAUCUCCGAUGCGGAGAUGGGUGGUUGAACGCGAUGUGGGACUUGGGCUGGAGGAACGGCAUUUGCGUGGAAGAAGUUGAUGGCGUUGUGGGUCAGGUGGAAGAGCGUGUCAUGUCUGCACUCCUCGAGGAGGUCGCCAUGGAGUUGAAGCACUGACGGUUCUAUUGCGAGAAUAAACAUGGAAAUAUACAUAUAUCUCCAUGAUUCAUUUGACACAAAUGAGGGUGUCAAGUGUUCUGAGCAUCCAUAUCUCUCUCUCUCUCUCUCUCUCUCUCUCUCUCUC